GAUAUUAUACGCCUUGACGACAUUAAUUACUGUUAUCAGUUGUACCGCAGUCGUCGGUUUUUUUUCUGAAGUAGACUAGUAGUUUAUCUGUACAGUGUGUAAUAACUAAUAAGUAGUAACUCACUAUAAAACUCAAGUCACAUGUACCGAUUGUGCUGUCCGAUUUGGUGAGCACACUUCCGUGACGUCUCGUGCAACCUCCGUUAUGCAGAAAAACAACGGAAAUGGUGCGAAUUAUUAUCCUCGAUGGAAAAAAGUGCCGAAGAACCAGCAACAGAAACGACCCGAUAAUACACGUGAUCGGGACGUCCAGGCAACCGCCGACAACGCUAAUGACGAGAAUCCUACUUGUAACACCAAGGCGUAUAUGAAAUACUUUAACGUGGUCCAACCCGUCGGAUUAUCUAUGUUUUCCGAUCAAAACAGGUACGGUGAAUCGGAAUCGUCCUUGUCAAAGAAUACGCCUUUCAAUUCAAACUCGACUUCGAAAACGGUAGACGCCAAAAACGGCAAACAUUAUUUCGCGGGUAGGACGAAUUGGCAUGACAAAAAUUCGGCACAACAUCAGACAAAUCGUCAUUCUCAGUUCAACAACAAGAAGUACCCAAACAAAUAUCGAAAAAAUAGAAACAAUGCCCCAUCGAAAUUUCAUGAAUUUAUUUCGAUGAACAAUGUCCAUCACAAUAUAUCUAUUGAAAAUGACCAGCCAGGUACAACAAAUUACUCUUCUUAUAAAGAGUCAGCCAAUCAAAAUACUCUGUCUAAUAAUAAUUUUCUGGAAAUGCAUCACAAUUCUGAGUAUGAUUCUGAAUGUGAUUCUGACCCCGGUGAUUUAGAGAAGAUGAAAAUAAUGACAGCUGCAGAUUUUAAUGAUGAUCGUUAUGCUCGUUAUGGGAUACACGAGUCAGAAAUUAAAGACUAUGUGCGCACUAUUACAUACAAAAACUGUAUAGAAUAUUGUGCAAAAAAUUAUAUUAAGGAUAAAGUGGUAUUAGUUAUCCGCUGUGGUAUUGGCUUAUUACCAUUGUUGUGUGCUCGGGAUGGACAAGCCAAAAAAGUAAUUGCUUUAGAACAGUCAGCUUGUAUUGAAUAUGCUCGUCGUAUAAUCACAGACAAUCGCUAUAGUACUGUGAUCACAUUAAUUCAAAGCAAUGUUCAUGACUUAGAACAGUUGCCACACAGACUUAAGAAGGUAGAUGUUAUAGUAGCUGAUUUUUUGGGAGACUGUGUCUUAAGCCAAGGUGAUCAAAUGGAACAAGUUAUUGAAGCUAGGGACCGUUUUCUUGUUUCAAAUGGUUUAAUGAUUCCCAUGUGCGUUACUUUAUAUGGUCAGUUAUUAGAACAAAGACGUGUCUAUAGAAAUUGUCGUAUACGCAAAAAAACUAAAAAAAAAACAUAUAAAAAAUUUAAUAAAUGCCUAAAUAUAAGUAAGUCAAUAAAUUCUGAAACUCAGUCUAGUGAUACUGACAGUUCAUCAGAUUCAACAUUGUGUUCAUGGUGGAGUAAUGUUUAUGGAUUUGAUAUGAGAUCAUAUUCGGAGACUGUGGUUGAUAGUAAUUCUGAAAGUCCUAAUUCAACUAAAGAUGAGUGGCAAAUGAUGGAAGAACCUCUAGUUACAUUUUUUGAUCCAUGCAAGGUAGUGUCUAACGCUUGCUUAAUUAAGAAAUUUGAUAUGUAUAAGUGUACUAUAAGUGAAGUACGACAUGUACAUUGUAAAGACUUAAAACUUGAAUGUUCUACACCUUAUUCAAGUGCCAAUGGAGGUGACUAUGCACAUAUGUUAGAGUUGUUUAUGGUAGUUGAUUUUCCUAAUGGCCAAACAAUUGUUGAUGAUAAAGAUGAUAUACAAAUAGGAUUUUCUACAUCAUCUUAUUCACCAUAUACUAGAUUUAGACAGACUGGUUUAUUGUUACGGGACCAGUUGCUUGUUGAACAAGGAGAUAAAUUUAAAAUUAAUGAAUUCCAUAUGUGGCGUGGUCCUCAACAAAAUCAAAUAUUAGUUGGAGAAGACACUAUCACUAAAAGUACUCGUGAUAAAUGUGGACCAGAAGAAAAUUUAAAGUUAAGGUUAAACUACACAUUUGUCAACAAAUAUACCAAGGCGAUUAACAGGCGUUGUGCUUACACCUUAGUCAAACAAUUAUUUUAAAAUUUAUGUUUAUGGUUUCAGAAUACUAUUAAUGUUAAUUUUGUUUUUUUAAAUAUUGAAGAAUUUAUAAUUUAUUAUAUUUUGUUAAAAGAUUAUAUGAAAAAUAACUUAUCAGUAUUAAUAUCAACUUAUAAAGAAUUGGGUUAUUUUUAAAGUAAACAUUACA